GCGGCGGGAGCGGCGCGGCGGCGGCGGCCGUCGUAUAACGGCGGCAGGUGGCUGUGCCCGCAUCCCCGGCAUUCCCGGCACUCCCGGCAUCGCCUCCUCGGCGGCGGGGCUUGGGAGAGCGGCGAGCGGCUCGGCGCGGUGGCACCGUCCCGGGGAGAAGUGUAUAGCUUAGUGUUAUGGGUGAUACAGAAGAAGCUAAAAUGCAGAUAACACCAGAAACUCCAGGACGAGUCACAAUCCUGAAUCCGUUUGAAAGUCCCAGUGAUUAUUAUACUCUUCAGGAGCAGAUUGUUUCCAGUCCUUCAGUCUUUAAGUCAACGAAAUCCUCAUCUACACCAGGAAAAUUCAGAUGGUCUAUUGAUCAGCUUGCUCUAAUAAAUCCUGUGGAAAUAGACUCAGAAGACAUUCGACGCCAAGGAAUGUAUUUGAGCUGUGCUAGAAUUGAUAAGGAGACAGAAGACAGAAGGCAAAAAGCUAUUGAGGAGUUUUUCACAAAAAAACUCAUAGUUCCUUCUCCUUGGAUUGAACAUGAAGGCAAGCAAGUUUCUCAGUUUAAUUCAACUAAAUCCAUAGAUAUAAAUGACAUUUCUCCGAUUGGAAGACAGCUGAGCUUGCAGCCUGGGAAAAGCAAUGCUGCUUGUCAGACAGUACUGUCUUUGCCAGUGGAUUUUAAUUUAGAGAAAAUACUAGGUGAAUAUUUUAGAACUGAUGAAUUUGCAGAUCAGUCUCAGGAAAAUCUGAGCUCUUCAUCACUCAGAAGAAAGCUGUUUUUAGAAGAAAAUGGGAAUGUAUCUGCAUGUUUGUCCCCUUCUUUGCAUAGUCCAUGUGGUAGUCAGCCACUUGGAGUGCUUUGUUCAAUAGAAUUAUCUCCAGUCCGGUGCAGAAGCCCCCUGGACACAUCUAGUUCAGGUCAGUUUUCAUCAAGUCCUAUUCAGGGAGGAACAAGAACUUACAGUCUGGGAAGUAUAACCAGUCCCCCAUUUUCAGAGGGCUCUCCUGCACCUAAUGGUUCUCCUGCUUUUUCACCAAUUGCUUUUCACAUAAGAAAAACACCACUCUCAGACCAAAGAAAAUUUACAUUUCGUUCUCCAGAUAUUCCUCCUUCCUCAAAUAGAAUGACACCCCCAAGCACAAGAAGUCCAUACAUAGAUGGUUGUUCUCCAAUCAAAAAUUGCUCUCCUAUGAGACUUGGAGCCUGCAGAGGAACUGCCCAAUAUCAGACUUCAGUCAUUAGAAUACCAAUUGCAGUUGAGAAUCAUGAGGAUGAGGAAGACAAGGAAAACACUUCUCCAGCAGAGGCUCGGUUCCCAGAAAUGGAUAAUGGAAUAAAGGUACAUCAGGAAGACGGUGAUACUUUUGCACAUGGUACACAUCUCGUGGUGGCAACUGUGUCUAUUGCACCAGAUCACUCAGAAGGUUGUCAUCAAAGGUUGUCAUCAUUUCAGGAUAUAGAAGGCUUAAAGGAAAAUAAUACCGUAGACAUGGCUGAUGCAGCUGAAGUGUCAGAGGAAAACACUUGGAUGAAAGAAACAAUUGGCAGUAGCAAUACACCAAUGACCAGCUUUAUGACAGGCAUUACUUUCAGUAUUGAAAGCUCUCGCAUGUGCAUGUCACCUCUUGCAGAAAGCAGCGCAAUUCCUUGUGACAACAGUAGUAUUCAGGUGGACAGUGGUUACAAUACACAGACUUGUGGAAACAGCAUUAUGGAUACUGCAGGGGCUGAAAACAGUUGUAGAGAAAAUGAUGUGAACACUAUUGUGUUUCAGAAUAAAUCUCAGCUGCUUAGAACAAAGGAGUGUUCUGUUUUAAGCCAUAAGGACAAUCAGUUGCUGAGAACAAAAUCUCCAGAGAAGCAAUCCUGUUUUCAAAAAGCCAAAACACAUAGCACAGUAUUUGGUCAAAAUGGAACUUGCAACAUUUCUGCUUGGAAACAUAAAAAUGAAAAUCAAGUUCGGGGAUUUCACAAAAGUGGUAUGUAGUUUUCUGAUGGAGAACUUAAUCUGUGGUUUCUAAUAAAUUUUUGUACAUAUGACCUCAAUUACCUGGAUUAUAUAUACUAUUUUGCUUUUCUAAUGCAAAUGUAAUAAACUGUUUGGUAUACAUGAAAGGAAGUUUUUCAAUCGUGGGAUUUUUCAGGUCUUAUUAAGAAAUUUAUUGGUGUUAUUAAGUGAUCCUUUUUGAAAUUUUAAGUGUCUAGAUUUGCUACAGAGAAACAACAGGGUUUUUUUUCAGAAUUGUAUUUCUUCUCUGACCAGGGUGGAUUCCAUGAGCAGCCUAGGAUAACUUGCAUAGGAACCAGUAUAACUGCAAAAUCACAUUUUAAGAUUUAUCCCUCCUAAAGGCAUGAGGGACAUUCUUUGUGGGAAAGAAAAAGUGGAAGGGGUAUUAGUCUGGUUUUGGAUUGAUUUUCUCCAACCAGAUAUAUUGUGUGGCUUCAUAAAUACUACCACUAGUACCAAGAGAAGUCACUGGACAGAAAUGAACUGCUGGGGUGUGAUGAGAGCAAAUGCCAAGUUUAGUUCUCUUAGAAACACAGAAUUAGCUUUAUGUCCUUCGUUUGACAGAAAUCUGUGAUGUUAGUUAGGUUUAAGUAAAAUGUAUUAUUGGUUACCUUAAAUUAAAAGAUAGUGUUGUUGCUUUGGUAAUUGUAUUAGUACUAAACUUGGAGUUGAUCACCUGACACUACCUGUGUCUCUGAAGAACAGCUGUGUCCAAAUUGAUGCUCUGGUUCUCUUUGGAAGGAACCUAAGAAGGUGCAAUAAGAUUCACUGGUCUCAGUACUAUCACUAAGAAAAUGGUGCUGCCUUUCUUCCUUCCUAGUAUUAUUAUGUUGCUUACAGAAGUUACCAAAAUACUUAGAUAAGUCCUUUAAAAAAAUUAACUUUUGCAUGCCAUUUAUUACCAAAAUUAUUAAUACAAGCGAACUUUUGAUCUUUUUAAGAAAACCAUCAGUUAAUUAAAAUGAUGGAUUGAGGUGGGGGUUUAGAAGACCAGAACUCCCUUUGUGUAAUCAAAUCAGAUUUAGUUGAAUGUGCUUGUAUUUGUUUAAAAGAACCUUCUGGAAUUUAUAAAUGUGAAUAGGGGGAAAAAAAUCCAUCUGGCAAUCUUGUGGCCUGAGUGAGUGACCAAGAGGGAAAGAAGAGAUAAGGGAUACAGUGGUAUUUCUGGGCUCUGUGUAUGUUGAGCUCUGGUAAAUUUCUUUAGAUUAAUGAAAAAGAGAAGUCCAUUCUAACAAGUGUUCCAGGUGCAGCAGCCAUCCUCUUUUUAUAGCAGGGAUGUCCCAGGAUACUGGAUGGAAGUUCUGCCUUCUGUUCUAUUCCACAACCCACAGAAAAGCUUGUACCAAAGUGACAGACGGUGGCUGAUGAACAGCUAUUGGCACACUAGGCCUGAAACCUAUUGGUCAGAUCUAAAUUUGAAGGCAUUUUAAAAAAAUCUCAAAAGGAGAGGUGUGAACAGAAUCUCUUGGCAUUAAAAUCAAUGUGUUAGACUUGAGAGUUGUGUGUUGUUUGACUAGAACAGUUCUUGAAAUGCUUCCAUUAAUAAUUUCCUAGUGAAGCCUUUCUGAAAAGAGUAUUUAAGUAAAGGGGAAACGUCUGUCUGCAUCACUUGAUUGUAGUUCUCACAUUGCAAAAAUAAAUACAAAGAAAAAUUUACUUUAGAAAUCUAAUGAGCAAACAUGAUGUGUAUUAUUUUUACUUCUGUAGCAGUUUAAUCACUAUUUCUGUAAUGCAUGUGGGAUUGACAGUAAUGGAAUCCAGUGUCAUAUAUUAGCUGUUUCAUUAUCUUCAAACAGUGCCCUACAAGAAGCUAGAAAUACACUGAACUGAUAACUGUUAAGGAAUGAACUUUGUUAAAAGUAGAUGAACUCAGACUUCUGGAAAACUAAUUUUAUAGAAUAGGGCCUUCAAAAUGUUCUUAGCUUUAGCUUCUGAGUUUUGUCACUCAAAAGCAGGAUACAACUUGUCUGAGAUUUAAAAGUUAUGUAUGACCUUGUGUCAUUUCUGUUUCUCAUGAUAAUUUUAACAACAAUCAGUUGAAAGGACUAUACAAAGGAUUUAUUUUUGCAAUUGUGAUUUACUAAAAUAGUAAUGUAAAUUUAAUGAAUAGCAGGGUAGCCCAAAUUAUGUGUUUCUGAAUUUUUCUGAGUUACAUGAAUAAUUUAAGAUUUGGUUUUACUUCUUAACUAAGUUUUUUAAUUAUUUUCAUAGUAUGUUAAACAAUUGCAGGCUUUUGAAGGAUUCACAAGUAAAAAAGCAAUCCCUAACAUACUUAAUUUUAUCCUGUAUUAGUAUUUUCUUAAAGCUAAGAAAAGAGUAGAAAUGGGUGAAUGUGAGAAGUUAUUAAGGAUGCCCCCACCUGGAUUGCCUGCAUUUUUUUGUCCUGUUUUGUAGUCUUCAGUUAGAUAGGAAAUAUUUAUUUUAUGGAAACAUGCCUAUUUUUUUAUCAUGUUUGUACAACUGAUUUGUAGAAGAAACCUGCUGUGCAAAUUACCAUGGAAAUCACUUGACCAUUCUGUUUCUGUAGUUGUUCUUAAUGCAUUGGUUGGCACACAUUGCACAAAACGGUCAUUGUUUACAUUAAAUUAAUAUAAGUAGUUUUAACGAGAGUCCUUUAACAUGUCUAAUUGUAAACUGAGUAGUGAAACAGA